AUGCAAGAGGCAAAGCCCAGCCAGUGCACCCAUCAUACCAUGCGCACAGCAGCUUGCAAGGCUGCGAAUUGGUUUGUCGAGGGCACGCAAUGCAUGUUCUACCUGCUGCCGCCCAAACGUUUAUCUCUGUCGAAGGGAGACAAGGUCCCCAACCUGAUCAGCAGUCAUGGCUUCGGCAUGUUCUUGGUCAUGAUUGUGACGGAGAUCGCUGUGGGUGCUUGCGUCGCCCAGAAGAGCUUGUACCGGUUCAAUGACUUGAUGGCUUCUAUCUCCUCGGGCACGUGUCAGCAGCUUUUUGUCGCGCUAAUGGCGAAGUUUGCGGAUCCCAAAGCCACCUUCCGGUUUGUCAAUGAACGCUGCAAGCUGGUGGAUUUUGACGUGAAAGGCAAGCCCUUGCUUGCGUGGAUCUUCCUCUUCUUGGGAAUUGACCUUGGCUACUACUGGGCCCACCGCAGUUUGCAUGUGCUACACGUUGGAUGGGCUGCCCACAGCGCACACCACGCCGGGGAAGACUAUAACUUGGCCACUGCGCUUCGGCAGGGAGCUUUGCAGCCAGCCAUGACUUGGCUCUUCGCGCUACCCUUGGCCCUGUUCUUUCCGGCAGAGUCCAUCCAGAUACACUUGCAGCUCAACACUUUGUAUCAAUUCUGGAUACACACCGAACUUUGUGGAAGGCUCGGUCCGCUAGAGUAUGUGUUCAACACACCUUUCCACCACAGAAUGCAUCAUCGACCCCCUGGGAAUUGCAACUACGGCGGGGUGCUGGUUAUUUGGGACCGACUUUUCAGGACAUAUGAAACUGAAACGGAGCGCUUGGAUUACUUUGGCCUAGCGCAGCCAGCUGGGACUUUCAACGCUGUGGACCUGAACCUCCAACACUGGCGCAAGAUGGGCCGAUUUCAUCUCCUUCGCGGCGGCUGCUUCUGGCAGCUGCUACGCUCUUCGGUGUCGAAGCGGGCCAGCCACAAGUUAGCAUGGUCGCCGGGUGAGUUGCUGCAGUCCUAUGACGCCAUGGCAGAAGACAAGAGCUCCUGGAGCUUGCCUGGGAAGGAGGUCAGACCAAAGUAUGGAGGAGCAGAACUUCAACUGAUGGGCAAAGCAGCGGCCAUCGCGAUGUUUUUGGGUGCGUUCCUCUGCUUGCAGAGGGUUGGCAAGCCCGCAGACCGACCCAAACUCCAGCUUCUAUGCGCUGCCGCUGGAGGAUUUACCUGGCUUCAUGCGCUUGGUGACUUCCUGGACACAGGAACCUACCACUCAUCAUUGGUGGGGCAACUUUGCUUGGCUGCUGCCUUUACCAGUUUGGACAUGGGGCUGUUCCCGCGGGGCCAGACAUGA